AUGAAUACCCUAUUAUUUAAGCAAGGAAAUGGCCAUGGCGGAAAGCAAAGUGACAUCGCCUCGCAGGGAUCACUAUCUAGUACUGCACUUCCUGAAUCGCCUGGCCCUUUAGAUGAGAAGAAUCUUCCUAGGUUGCCCACUCCGUUUGCUAGGAGUCUUUCUACGAUUCCUAGCUAUGAACAAAUGAAGCGAACUAAUAAACUGCCCGAUUAUCAUUUAAAGAUAGUUGUUGUAGGAGACGGUGCUGUGGGGAAGACAUGUCUAUUAAUAUCUUAUGUCCAAGGAACAUUUCCAACAGAUUAUAUCCCAACUAUUUUUGAAAAUUAUGUAACGAACAUAGAGGGACCUAGCGGCCAGGUUAUAGAACUCGCAUUGUGGGAUACAGCUGGCCAAGAGGAGUAUAGUAGACUUAGGCCACUCUCAUACACAAACGCAGAUGUGUUGAUGAUCUGUUAUUCUAUUGGAAGCAAGACGUCACUCAAGAAUGUUGAAGAUCUCUGGUUUCCAGAGGUUAAACAUUUUUGUCCUUCUACACCUAUCAUGCUAGUCGGCUUGAAAUCAGACCUAUACGAAGCUGAUAAUCUUUCUGAUCUGGUGGACCCAGAGUUGGCAGAAUCCUUAGCUAAACGUUUAGGGGCGUUCGCACAUAUUCAGUGCUCUGCACGAUUGAAAUAUAAUGUCAGUGAAGUAUUUGAAACUGCCAUCCACACGUUGCUUUCCGAUUCGUUGUAUACUCCCAGGGAGUCUAUGCAUACAAUCAAAAAUCCCUUCAAAAAAAAUACUACAAAGUCAGGUAUCGAUUCCUCUGCUGGAGAUACCAGCAUAUCUAUUCUUGGAACGAAAAGAUUAAGAAAAAACAAGUGCAUCAUGAUGUAA